AAACCCAUUCCCUCUUUCGCCUCCUGCCUAGAAUUAAGUCCGGUCACCCACUCUAUCUCUCUCUCUCUCUCCUUUUAGGGAUCUGUAUUCUCCGUUUGAUGUUCUUUACUUCUUUGGAACCUUAGCUUUGCUCCUCCGGCGAGGUCUCCGGUUUCCGAUGACCUCUCUUCCGGUAAGGUUCUUCGGCUGUGCCCCAAAAUGUUAGACGCAUUCGGCGGUCCCCUUUUCCGAUCCAAUACCUGGUUCCACAGGAGGAAAAAGACGCUCAUUCGUUGAUUUGGAUCUCUUAAAUUCAAUCCAUAUCUGUGUAUCAUAUUUUAGAAGCUUUUUUUGUUGUUGUUGUACAGCGCCAAUUAUUAGAUUCGUUUCCAUUUUUGUAAAUUUUGUACAGUUAGGAUUGUAGAUUCGAAGAGAUUUGGUGAAAUUUCGAUUGAAAUUUGAUAGGUUUUAAUUUUUUUGGGUGAAAAUUGUGGUUGAUUCAUCUGGAAACUGGCUGAAAUGAAUUUGAGAGUCGCCGAGGAUGAAUCGGCGAAAAAAGAGAUUCAUAUCCCGGCCGAAAUCGACUGGGAAAUGCUUGAUAAAUCCAAGUUCUUUUUCCUCGGAGCGGCGCUCUUUUCCGGCGUAUCGGCGACUCUCUACCCUGUCGUGGUUUUGAAAACCAGGCAACAAGUAUCUCAGUCUCAGCUCUCGUGUAUCAAGACGGCGUUUUCCAUCGUCAGGCAUGAAGGAUUUCGGGCAUUGUAUAGAGGCUUCGGGACUUCUUUGAUGGGCACAGUACCUGCCCGGGCGCUGUACAUGGCGGCGCUUGAGAUCACCAAGAGUAAUGUGGGCGCUGCCACCGUUAGGUUAGGGUUUUCGGAGUCGUCCGCUGCCGCGAUUGCCAAUGCGGUUGCAGGGUUGAGUGCGGCGAUGGCGGCUCAGCUUGUGUGGACUCCAAUUGAUGUUGUGAGUCAGAGACUGAUGGUGCAAGGCGGUGUGAAUCCGAAUCCGAAUGCCAAGUUUCCUAAAGCGUCUUCUUGUAAAUAUGUUAAUGGGUAUGAUGCUUUCAGGAAAAUUCUUCGGAGUGAUGGGCCGAGGGGGUUGUAUAGAGGGUUUGGGAUUUCGAUUUUGACAUAUGCACCAUCCAAUGCGGUUUGGUGGGCAUCAUACUCUGUGGCUCAGAGGAUGGUUUGGAGGGGAGUUGGGUAUUAUUCUUGUAAGAGCAAUGAGGAUGGGGUUAACACGUAUAGGCCUGAUUCGAAGACAAUAAUGGCAGUUCAGGGAGCCAGUGCAGCCAUGGCGGGUGGCGUGUCAGCUUUGAUCACAAUGCCACUCGACACGGUCAAGACGAGGCUGCAAGUUCUGGAUGGGGAUGACAACGGGCGGCGGGGACCAGGCAUUGGGCAGACUGUUCGGAAUUUGGUUAAAGAAGGCGGGUGGAUGGCUUGUUACAGAGGAUUGGGGCCAAGGUGGGCCUCAAUGUCGAUUUCUGCAACCACCAUGAUCACCACCUAUGAGUUUCUGAAACGGCUCUCCACUAAGAAUCAAGAGGUUUUGACAUGAUGAUCCAACUAGAGAGACUCAGAUGCCUUCUUCAUCUUUGUCUAAUCCUGCUUAUUUUAAAUGUUGUCAUUGUUGUUUUCUCUUCUUGCAAGCAAGAAGUUGUCUUUUUUAUGUUUAUGUGAACCUGCACAGGUUGUUGAUAAUCAGUUGUAAUACAAUGCAGGUUUUUAUGUUAUCCCCUAAUUGCUGUUAAACCAAUGGGGAUCUUAUACAAGUUCUUCUGGUUUACCAUAUCA